AUGACAUUAAUAGAAGGAAGUCUUUUUAUCAUUCGAUUAUUAGGACUAAAAGGAAAAAGGAGCUCUUUCAAAGCAACCAAUUUAUUGCUAGAAGAUGCUCAGGAAUUAAAGAGCCUUAUAAGUUUCCACCUUCAACAAAUCCGCAUCAUAUGAAUUUCCGAGGAUUUUGUAGGAAGCAUUCUUUUGAUUCACCAACAAAGCUCAGAAGGGAGACUUCAGUUGAGCUGAAGACAAUUCCUUAUGAGUUUUCAGGACAAAUGUUAUCAAAUGUGAUCACAACUACACCAAAGCCAAUUAAGAUGAAGUUAUCAAGUAUGAGUGAAUAUAGAGAGCUAA